AUGACAUGGCUCUAUGGUGAGGGAUGUAGAGCGGUAGUUGCUGAAUCAUGGGAUGAAGGAAGGGGUAGGGGAACACAAAGUUGUAUUGCACACUGUGGAAAACGGUUAACCCGAUGGGGGGGAGAUCGUUACCAUAAGUUUGGGGAAAAGAUUGAGCAGCUCCAGAGAAGACAAGAUCAACUCAAGGGAUGUACUGAUCACGCAUCCCUGGAUGAGUAUAACCGCCUGGAAACGGACCUAUGCCGAGUGGAGAUGCAGGAGGAUGCAUACUGGAAGCAGAGGGCCAAACAGCACUGGCUCAAGGAUGCUGAUGCCAACACGAAAUUUUAUCACAGGUAUGCCUCGAACCGAAGGAAUAAGAAUACUUUAAUUAAAAUUAUGGAUAGUCGUGGUGAAUGGAUGGAAGGGGAUGAUAUGGCGGGGUGUGGUUCUGGAUUAUUUUAA